UUGGUAGCUGAAGAUUUGUCAUCAUAGCUCCAUUUUCAACUUGAGUUGAGGUCUAAACAGCCAGAAGAAUUGAAGACACCUGAGUGGGUGUUCAGAGGCUUUAAGGCCUUGAUACACCAGGAUUUAAAACCGUGAAAUUUCAUGGCAAAAUUAAUUAAUUGCAAUCAGAGGAGGUGAAAUUAUUCCGUACAAAUGUUCCGUGUACAGUUGGACUUUGACACAGGGAUUUACGGCGUUGACCAACAAGCAGCUGUCUUGACCGUGCUGACCUAUGAGGGGCCGCAGAGUUCAACAUGGAGGAAGGUUGGACCCUCCCACUUUCUCUCUCUCUCUCUCUCUCUCUCUCUCUCUCUCUCUCUCUCUCUCUCUCUCUGAGCUUUAAUUGUCAUCUUUGACUGGAACUCUCGUGGCUUAAAUACCGGAGGAGCAUCGAGGGAGGAACUCACCAACUCUUUCAAAGCGAGCAUCACUUCAUCACCAUCUCUCUGCAUCACUGCUCCACAUCUCUACCUUUCUCUCGUGCGUAUUGAAUCCUCCACCUCGGAGCCUCGUGAUGCAGGUGUGCGUGGCUCUCCUCGUGCUGCUGCAGGGAUGCUGCUGCAGCACAGCAGGGAUGAAGGGAUGGAAAGGACUAAAGAACGACAACACGGAGGUUUCACCGGAGUACCGGGAGAACACGAGGACGGCUCAGGAGGAGAUGCUGCAGCCGGCCAACAACAACAACACCGGGAACACAAACAGUAACACCGGGAACAGCAUGAACAACCGGGCCAAGACCGGAGGAAGGAACUCCAACACGCUCUCCUACAGUGCCGCGGAGCUGAGCUGUAGAGAGCUGCGCUCCACCCGUUACAUCACCGACGGAUCUUGCCGCAGCGCCAAACCCGUCAAGGAGCUGGUGUGCUCGGGCCAGUGCAUGCCCUCACACCUCAUGCCCAACUCCAUCGGCCGCGGCAAGUGGUGGCGGGGCAACGCCUCGGAGUACCGCUGCAUCCCGGCGCACUCCCGGACGCGCAGGGUGCAGCUGCAGUGCCCCAACGGCAACACUCGGACUUACAAAAUCCGCGUGGUCACCUCCUGCAAGUGCAAGCGCUUCAGGCCCCACCACAACCAGUCGGAGGUUAAGGAGGUGCCGAAGACGCAACGCAACAAGAAACACAGUCGUUUGUCUCAAGACCGGAGCAAGAACAACACGCCGACGCUGACGAGCAACUCGUACUGACGCUCCUCUCCGGCAUCCUUAAGGACAGACACUCACACACCCGUCACACAACACACCAACCAACAGAUCUCCUUCAGAUAGGGAGGAGGUGCACAAAGAAAUCCAAGAGAGCGAAUUCAUAAGCUAAUUGCCUGGCUGGUUUUACGUCGCCAGUCUUUAUUUUCAGCAGAUUUGUGAACUUUGCUGCUUAUUUGCAUGAGUCGGCGGCAGGGUGCUUGUGACUGGAAGAUGUAGCACCAAGAAUCUGAUCAGCCCCAACAGCUCCAAACCUCCCCGGGCUUGGUUUCUGUCCUCCACUCAAACAGAUUUUCGUUUAAUGAGAAGUCCUCCCCGAGGCUCUGAAUCCAUCUGUACAAACAUCCAGCGGAUGCAGCGCUGCACCGCAACACAGCCCCGUUUUUAAAGCUGAAAAGGUGUAUCUUCGCUCCAGAGUGGUUGUAAUCCAUCUGCUUCUGGCUGUGUGUGUGGAGGAGAUGGCGGCAGCUCUGGGGGCUCUGACGGUGGGAUGUUGACAGGUUUUCAGAGGUCUGUACGGCGGUCCAGGCAGCUCACUAAAGGCCAUACUUGCCAACCUUGAGACCUUAAAAAUAGGGAUUUCUAAAACCUCAAAACCAAAGCAGGGUUUGAGUUUCAGAGACUUUGUUUCCUUCAUUCUGGUGACUUUAAAAGAGUGAAAAUAACAAAAUAAUAACUACACUGCAACAGCAUUUUUAUGUUAAACUUUUAAUUUUACCUUUAACUCACAGGAAAGAAGCCUGAAUAA